AUGGGCAAGACCAAAGGCGGCGUUAAUGCUGACAUCAUGCAAGCCUUGAUCGCCAGUCAGGUCGAUGCUGCUAAGGGGCAAAGGAAGAACGAGAAGAAAGAUGUGAGGGGCGACAGGAAGAAUAAGUCACCCUUGGUUGAUGAGCGUGACCCCAAAUGCCAAAAACCUGGCGGUUCCUCCAAGAGUGACCCCAAGCAAACAACGUUGAAUGAUGCUUUAUCCAAAGCUUCAAAAGAGAGAAGGUCUUCCAGCAACAUUCCCCCGCCCCCAAUUCACACUCCUGGCGCUUUAGCCAAUCUGAUAGCUGCCGCCAGCCCGCCCCCUCAAUCAUCUCGAGACGCGAUACCUGGGAGCGAUACUGGCGCUCUUCAUAGCGUCUUUGAUCCCAAAUUUAAUGCACAGACAGACCGGCGGUAUUAUUUGUGGCAUUCAUGCCCACAAAGUAUGAUUAUGAUCAAUAUUGAUUCACCCGUACGUGUAACAAACUUGAAAGAUGCAGCAGAUCAUAUAGGUGAGGUUUUGAAACGCGUGAAGUUGGAGCACUUGCAAAGAGCAUAUAGAAUAAAAGAGUGGGUUGAUGAAAAUGACUUCCUACUUCAGCUUUGCAAAUCGACUGGCAAACUUUUGAAGGGAGGUGAGCCUGACCUGAUGACUGCUGCAAAGAUGGUACUUCAUGACUGGCAGAGGGGUAAAAUUCCCUUUUUUGUUCCUCCCCCACGGCUUGAUGACUUGUCCAAGGAACCUAAUGUUAAUGGAAUCGAUGUCGAUGAUGGCGUUGCUAGCAACCAGGCAUCUGCUGCUAUUGAAGCUAUUGCAAAUGUUCUUUCAUCCCAGCAUCAAAGAAGUUUGCCUGUUCAAAAGGAUUUAUUUAGUGAGAAUGAGUUGGAGGGGGAAACUGCUGAUCAAUUUCUCAACACGGUGGACGAUUCAUCUGAUAGCGACACAUCUGAGCAGGAUCCAGCCACUGAGGAGCUUCAUUCUGCUGAACUGAUCCCAACAAAGGAAUCAUGAGUUUUGGUGGCAGCAUAGCUGUUGGUUGGGGUAUGAGUUGAGUCUAUUUCAAUUCCUGAAAAAGCUUUCCUUCCCUUUUCCGACAAGGAAAUCAUGAGUUUUGGUGGCAGUGUAGCUGUUGGGGUAUAUGAGUUGGUUUUAUUUCUAUUCCGGAAAAAGCUUUGAAGAGAUCAAACUUCUAUUUCCAGUUCCAUGUUUGGACUUCAUUUGCUCUCGAAGUAGAAGGUUAGGGACAAUUUAAAAGUUGAAACCAUUAUCAACCUAAAAUAAGCAAUUUAUGAAUGAAUUCUACGAUUUAUUAAUAUGAAUUAAGCAAUUUCCGUAU